AUGCGCGGGAAACAUCUGCUCGUUCUCUCACUCGUGGCCCUCGUCCUCUUCUUUCCGAGUGUCAACUGCAAGAAGAAGGAGAAGAAGGCCAAGGCUGCCGUGAGCUUGAGUCCGGCGAAGCUUUCCAAAUACAUCAAAUGCGAUGGGUGCAAGAUCAUGGCAGACAACCUGUACAGACACGCUAUGGAUCUGCUCAAGGAGAAGGGAGGCCGGGAGAAGAUGGGAGAGGAGCCGAUCCUGGAACUGCUGGAACAGAUCUGCGAUCAGGGGGAGGCGAAGGGCGAGUGGCUCAACGCUUACGAUGUGGUUGGGAAGAAAGGAAAGAUCUCUCUGCAGAAGCAGGACGGUUUCCAGUCCUGCGGCCCUGAGUGCCAUGCGCUUGUGUCGGUCUGCGAGCAGGUGAAGGUGAGAAGCGAAGCGGGAGAGUCGGACAUCGCGGAGAAGAUCUACCGAGGACAUCACAUCGCGUCCGCUGAAGCUUUCUCGGAGGCGAUCUGUAAGAAGAUGACCACGUCCUGCAAGGAGCCGCUGCCGAAGCUCAAGGAUCCGCGAAUCGACGAGCCUUUCAAUGCCAUCGACUCCAAGAAGUGGGAGGCGAUGAAGAUGCAGAAGAUGAUGAAGGGAAUGGGCAUGAAGGGAACCAUGUACGACCGGGACUCACUCAAGGACAUGAUGGAGGAGAAUGGGAUGGACAUGCCUCCUCCUAAAGAAGCUGACGACGAGGAAGAGGAUGAGGAGGAGGACGAGCAGCCCAAGAAAGAGAAGAAGAAGGCUCCAAAGAAGCAGCCGAACGGAGUUGUCGAGCAGGUGUUGGACGGCGUCUACACCGUCCUUGACACCAUGUCGGAGUGGGCUGACACCCUAACGGGCUACGCCAUCGACUCCGUGAAGCAGGUGAUGGGCGUUUCUUCAUCACCGGACAAGCACGACAUGGACAUGGAGGAUGCUGAGCUGUAA